AUGGCGCACGACUCCACCCCAAAGCAGAGCGUGGAGAUCAUCAAAAUCGAGAAUGCUGACCCGGUCACUGAUGCAAGCUAUCUUCAGAGGUAUCCCUUGCUUGCGGAUAAGACUGAGGAAGAGAUCAAGGCCUUGAACAAGGCUGUUCUGAAGAAGCUGGAUUGGAAGUUUCUACCAUGCAUCACAGCGAUGCUGCUCAUGAACUAUCUUGAUCGAAUCAAUGUUUCCAACGCUCGCCUUGCUGGUAUGCAGGAAGACCUCCACAUGACAGAUGUCGAGUGGAGUGCCGGUAUUUCACUCUUUUAUGUCGGAUAUAUCAUCAGCCAGGUGCCCGGAAACGUGAUAAUCAGCAAGAGCUCGCCUCGCGUAAUCAUGCCUUGUAUUAUGCUUGCCUGGUCUGCUGUAACUAUCGCUAUGCCUGCCGCCAAGUCGCCAUGGGCAUUCAUGCUCUGCCGUUUCCUCGUUGGAGUCACCGAAGGCCCAUUUCUCCCCGUCGUUGCACUGAUGACAUCGUCCUGGUACACUAAAGAAGAGUCUCCUCUUCGCAUGGGUAUUUGGCAUGCUGGAAACAUUAUUAGUAACGUCUUUUCGGGCCUUCUCUCCGCAGCAAUUCUUACCAACAUGGAUAACAUCGCCGGACUGCAUGCUUGGCAAUGGUUCUUGCUUCUUGAGGGCAUCGUUUCGAUACUCGUUGCGAUCACUGGAUUCUGGCUACUUCCGAACUUCCCCGAUAACACUGGCACAUACUUCUUCACUGAGGAAGAACAACAAAUGUCGCAAUACCGUGCACUUGUCUCUGCUGGAGGCAAGAGUGAAGAUGACGAAGGAGAUAUGUGGGGAGGCGUCAUGCUAGCGAUUCGAGACCCCUUCACAUGGUUCUUCGCUGGAAUGCACUUUGCGCUCAUCAUUGCGCAGAGUUUCAAAGACUUCUUCCCCUCUAUCGUUGGUACACUGGGCUUCGGCAAGGUCGAAACUUAUCUUGUACAAGCUCCACCAUACGUCAUCGCCUACGUCGUCACGCUCCUUGUGUCUUGGUCCUCAGGCAGGAGAUUGGAGCAUUGCUGGCAUAUCAUCGGCUCAAUCUCCAUGACUCUGAUCGGCGCUGUCAUUAUGAUCUCGACCCUGAACGUAGGUGCUCGUUACUUCUCGCUUAUCCUGCUUUGUUCAGGACCUUUCGUUGGCCUCAACAUCCAGCUCUCGUGGGAGACUACUGUUGUGCCACGGCCACGUACAAAGCGUGCAGCACUGAUCGCGAUCGCAAACUGUGUAUCGAGUAUCUCGCAUUGGUUCUCGCCAUACUUCUUCCUCCGCAGUCAAGAGCCACGUUACCAGAUGGGUGGUGGCAUCAUCAUCGUAGGCUGCGGGCUCACGAUACUAUUCUGCCUACUAGCCAAGAUGUGGUCUAUUCGAAAGAAUAAGGCUAUCGAGCUCGAGGAAGAGAGGACUGGAGAGGUUACUACAUGGCGCUACGCCACCUGA